AUGACUGUAUUAUUCGAGCUUGGGUUGAUUGUCGGGCUGUUGGCGGUGGCUUCUAACCCAUCUCCCUAUUAUGCUGCCCUAGGGUUGGUGGGCUCCGCUGGGGCGGGGUGUUUGAUUUUGAUAGAUGGGGGGGCUUCUUUUUUAUGCUUGGUCUUGUUUUUGGUUUACUUGGGUGGAAUAAUGGUAGUUUUUGCUUAUUCUGCGGCUUUGGUGGCCGAGCCGUACCCUGAGGCUUGGGGUGGGGGGGUCGUUUGGUCGUACAUUGUUGUGUACACAGUGUUGUUAGGAGUGUGAUGAGUUGUAGGCGGUGUCAAUAAUCAGGUGGAGGUGGUGGAUGCUGUCGGGGUUUACGCGGGGGACUGGUAUGGGGUAGCAAUGAUAUUUUUUUGAGGCGGGGGGGUAUUGAUAGCAGUCGGAUGAGCUUUAUUAUUAACAUUAUUUGCGGUAUUAGAGGUAGUUCGGGGCCAUUAUGGUGGGGUCUUGCGAGCCGUAAGA